AUGAAAGAUCCGCCGGAAUCGGUAGAAGCUUCCGUCCUCAAACGGUGUGCUUCCAUUCAGGAUAGUAUGAUAAUCGCAACACGAGUUUUACGGACAUUUUUUGGACAGAGAAGGGCAACUUUGCACAAUGGCUGCCUAAUAGGAGCGAAUAAAGCACGAAAAUGGAUCAUUUGUUGUGACCAGCCUCAUCUUGCAGUCCAGCAUCGCUUGGCUCCGCUGUUCCUAUCGCGUCUUUUCUGA